UUAUCCUUGGGCCGAGGUGGGGAGACACGGAGCAGAGUGCCUUCUUUUUUUUCAGUGAGAGCAGAGUCCGCCUUCCGGUGGUUUCGGCAGCUCGCCUCCGCCAUCUCCGCCGCCGUCGCCGUCGCCGUCGUCCCGUGCGUCGCCGCCAUCCACAUCGCGCUUUGAGGUGUGAGCACCCCCUUGGGAUGGAGAAGAGGAAGAAGGAGGAGGAGGAGGAGAAUCCGCCGGCAGCGGGGAGCCUCUGGGACGACCUCCUGCCUGAGAUCCACCGGGAGAUCCUGUCGCGGGUGCCGUACCGGUCGCUCUGCCGCUUCAAAUGCGUGUCCACGGCGUGGCUGGCGCUCUGCGCCGACCCGGCCGUCCGCAGGAGGUCGCCGCAGACGCUCACCGGCUUCUUCUGCUACUCCCAAGUGGACGUCGGCGGCGGCCGGCGCCAUUACGGCGUCAGCUUCCUCAACCUGUCCGGGUGGGGCCGGCCGAUGGUCGACGACCCCUCCCUCAGCUUCGUGCGGGGCUACCGCCACGUCACGCCCAUUCACUGCUGCAGCGGCAUUCUCAUCUGCUACUGCUGGAAGUUUGACAUGAGCGACGAGGCGGAUUUUGUCGUGUGCAACCCUGCCACCAAGGAGAUCUGGGCCGCGCUGCCGGUGCCCCAGAAUGAGAUGAUGACGCGCCUCAACACCGCCCGCCUGUGCUUUGACCCGGCUAUUCCCUGCCGCUUCAAGGUGUUUGUGUUCGUGCAAAGUUUCGCUGGGGUUCAGAGGGUGGAGGUCUACUCUUCAGACACCGGGCAGUGGACCUCCGUUGGGAGCGCGUGGAGCUCCGAGAACCUCAUGAUUGCCGAGGAAUCGGGAUGCGUGUACUUCAAUGGAUCUCUGCAUCUGGCUGUUUGCCAUCCUGUGGUCAAGGUGGUGGACUGGGAGGUAGUGAUACGCUCCAUGGUCACUUUUGACACAGAGGGGGAAACCUGGAGGAGGAUCCGUAUGCCGGACACCAGCAAUAACGGUUUCUUUGGGCUGUCGCAGGGACGCCUAUACACCGGGCAUGUAGAAAAUGAAGGUAGAUGCCGGCUCUUGGUGUGGGUUCUCGAGGAUCAUGCUAGCGGACUGUGGACCCUGAAGUGUACUGCCAGCAUUCUUGAACUGCUAGGAAGCCCUUGCCGUGCACCCAACGAAUUCUACCAGGCGGUUGCGAUCCAUCCAGACUGCAAUCUGAUAUUCCUUGAAGAUGCGGGGCAGGAAGCAUUGCUUAUGUCCUACAAUAUGGAUACCGGUAAACUGGAUAUUGUCUGCUCUCUUGGAGACCGCUGGGCGCAAAGAUUUCACCCCUACAUUCCCUGUUUUGUGGAGAAGCCGCCCGUUCCUCAGUGAAUUUUGGAGCAGCUUCACAUUUGCCAAGUUGGCGUGGCUCCGGUGACUUCAUGAGAAUCAGAUGUCGGAUAAUUAACACGGUGGCCAUAUGAGUUGAAUGACAUUUUAAUGUAGAAGAACAUCACAGAACCUAUGGGAAUAUAAGGCAUUACCAUGUGCACCGGCUUUCUUUAACAACAGACAUGAAGUUGGCGACACCAUGCUUCAGAAUCGGGUUGUAAUAUGUGAAAGCGCUAUAAGGCAGGACAUAUCAGCCAAUGUCGAUGGCGUUAAUGCCGAUUCAAGAAAGAUGGAGCAACAGAAAAACAAGGGGAUGAUCUGAAGGCUUUUGAAGCUACUUUGGAGCAGACUGUGCAAGAUGGGGGACUUGGAAAAGUUGAUGAGCAGCAGGAGCACGUAUCUUGUCAAGCAAGAUGAGUGUAUGAAGAAAAUCCGAAAUUUGGACUCAUUGCCUGCUGAUGCUUUUGAAACCUAUAUUUCCAUUUGUUACAUUGCUAAACUGGCUAACUCAGCUGCACAAUACCUUUUUUAUAGUGUUAACCAUGUUGUAGUUAUUUUCUCGCCAAUAAUAAAGGUACAAGAGAAAUAACAAGCAGCAGCUGCUUUAUGGCUGCACUGAGCAUUUGAAGUAAUUAGUCCUUCCUGAACUUCACCGAACAGCGGAGAAUACGGGCUGAACUUGAUGUUGGUGACGAGGCAAGUUUUUUGAUCAGUACAACUUGGUUCCCUUGUGAUUGUCCUAAUACUAGAAUCUCACAAACUCUGCUGAUUGGUAUUGCUGCAUACUAGAGAGUUGGUAUCAGUUUUAGUCCAAAGGAAGGAUGAAUCAAUUGAACGCACAUUUAAAGGAGUUGCAAGGCACUCCCACGAAGUGUUCUCUGAAUUAGUGCAAGGUGGCCGUGGAUACUUGGUUAUGAUGA